AGCGGCUGCCACCGGAGUGGCGUCGGUGGCUUGGGGAGCCGGCCGCCAUGGCGGCGGAAGCCCUGGCAGCCGAGGCCGUGGCUUCACGCCUGGAGCGGCAGGAGGAGGACAUCCGCUGGCUGUGGGCGGAGGUCCAGCGCCUGAGGGACGAGCAGCUGAACGCGCCCGACCGCGGCCAGGCCGAGGGGCCGUGCCUGACGCGGGAGGUGGCGCAGCUCCGGGCGGAGAACCGCGACCUGCGCCACCGCCUCUACCGCCUGCGGCUGUGCCUCGCCGAGGAGCUGAGCCAGCAGGCGCCGCUGGAGAGCGGGGCGCAGGCAGCGGCGGCGCAGGAGGAGNUUUCUCAGCCUCCUUCCAGUCAAACCCAAGAAAAGAACACUGAAGUGAAGGAGGAUAGCAGGCCUGAGAGGGAGGUGACAAAUCGACCAGAUUUUGUGAAGGAAAGAUUGAAGCUGUUUGAAAUAUUGAAGCAAGACCAUCAGCUCUUAUUUGCUGUUACUGACAAAAAGGGGAAUACAAGCAAUGUGAUCACAGUGAGAGUGGCUGGUGGGAAAACCAUGGAAGGGGAAGUCUGGAAAACAACACCUUAUCAAGUGGCCACUGAAAUUAGUCCAGAGCUGGCUGAAAGCACGGUUGUAGCCAAAGUAAAUGGUGAAUUAUGGGACUUGGACCGUCCAUUGGAAGGGGAUUCCACUCUAGAGCUGCUUACGUUUGAUAAUGAGGAAGCUCAAGCUAGACAGAGACAGAGAGAGAUUCAAGACCAAACUUUCCGACCUUGUAGACCUGAUGAGUGGCCCUUGGAUGGUGUCACCGAGGGCGGGGAUUUAGCAGUGUCCAGCACAGAACUGUCAGCCCUGGAGAACAUCUGUAAGACUAUCAUAAAAGAAAAGCAACCUUUCGAAAGACUGGAAGUCAGCAAGGAAGUACUCCUCGAAAUGUUUAAGUACAAUAAAUUUAAAUGCCGCAUCCUGAAUGAGAAAAUUAACACUCCAACUACGACAGUUUACAGGUGUGGUCCGCUAAUUGACCUUUGCAAAGGCCCCCAUGUAAGACACACUGGAAAAAUUAAAACCAUAAAAAUUUUCAAGAAUUCCUCAACAUAUUGGGAGGGCAAUCCCGAAAUGGAAACACUGCAGAGGGUCUAUGGGAUAUCCUUCCCUGAUAACAAGAUGAUGAAGACCUGGGAAAAGUUCCAAGAGGAAGCCAAGAACCGAGAUCACAGGAAGAUUGGAAAGGAACAAGAACUGUUCUUUUUCCAUGAUCUGAGUCCUGGAAGCUGCUUUUUUCUUCCCAGAGGAGCCUUCAUUUAUAAUACACUUAUGGAUUUCAUACGAGAGGAAUAUCACCGACGUAACUUCACAGAAGUGCUCUCUCCCAACAUGUACAACAGCAGACUCUGGGAAACCUCAGGUCACUGGCAGCAUUAUAGUGAGAACAUGUUUACCUUUGAUAUUGAAAAGGACACGUUCGCCCUUAAGCCCAUGAACUGUCCAGGGCACUGUCUAAUGUUUGCUCAUCGUCCACGAUCAUGGAGGGAAAUGCCUAUCAGAUUCGCUGAUUUUGGAGUUCUUCAUAGGAAUGAAUUAUCAGGAACUUUAAGUGGUUUGACUCGAGUUAGGCGCUUCCAGCAGGAUGAUGCCCAUAUCUUCUGCACAGUAGAGCAGCAACUACAGAACAGCUUGGUGGAAUUUGGAAAACCAUGGAAGAUGAACCCAGGAGAUGGAGCAUUUUAUGGCCCUAAAAUUGAUAUAAAAAUCAAGGAUGCUAUUGGCAGAUAUCAUCAAUGUGCUACAAUUCAGCUGGACUUCCAACUACCUAUUAGAUUUAAUCUUACAUAUGUUAGUAAGGAUGGAGACGAUAAGAGGAACCCUGUGAUCAUUCAUCGAGCCAUUUUGGGGUCAGUGGAACGAAUGAUAGCCAUCCUCUCAGAAAACUAUGGGGGGAAAUGGCCUUUCUGGCUCUCUCCUCGUCAGGUAAUGGUCAUCCCUGUGGGGCCAACUUGUGAAAAAUACGCACUUCAGGUGUCCAGUGCAUUUUUUGAAGAAGGGUUCAUGGCCGACGUUGACUUAGAUCAUAGCUGUACAUUAAAUAAGAAAAUACGAAAUGCGCAGCUGGCUCAGUAUAAUUUUAUUUUGGCUUUCUACAUCCUAUAUGGAAGCAAGGAAACUUCACUCCUGGUGCCUCUCAACCCUCAGUGGUUCUGA